AUGCCUUUACAUGGCGCUCUCGACAACGAAGUCUAUGUAAUUGUGCAGAGAUUUAUCGACCAAGGGGUCCCUUCCGAUCCAUCAAGUCUAUACAACGCAUUACAAAGAUCAAACUCAUCGUUGAAAAGGCGGCCCAAGAAGACAUUACUGGCCAUUCUGGAAAAGGUUGUCGAUUUCAUCAAGUCUCAGAAUCCCAACGACGAAGAUUCCGAGGCCGAAGUCGAGGCGAAAAUUCCAACAGUUGACCCAAUCGCCGAUCUCAUGAACCGAAGUCUCCGAUCAAAUCUAGCUGGACCACCUCUAGCCUCAUCAAUGUCUUCUCCAAUGAAACCAACGACAGUGACGGACGAUCAGCGAAGAUCGGCAAAUGGCGAGUCAAUGCCCAAACGCCUCAAACGGACGGCCAACGAGAAGAUCUCUGUGGCUGCGCCGGAAGGUAUCUCUCUCGGCGACAUUGGUGGGAUGGGUGAUGUACUAGAGCAACUCGAAGAACUUAUCGUCGCGCCAAUGCAGACACCAGAGAUCUAUUCGGAGAUGAGUUUGCCUCUACCUAAGGGGGUUUUGCUCUAUGGACCUCCUGGAUGCGGUAAGACGAUGAUCUCACGCGCGAUAGCAGCGGAAUUGGGCAAGCCAUUCAUCGAGAUUAUGGGCCCCACAGUCGUUUCAAGCAUGAGUGGCGAUUCCGAGAAAGCCAUUCGGGAGAUUUUUGAUGAGGCAAAGAAGCAAGCACCAUGUCUGAUCUUUAUUGAUGAAAUCGACGCCAUUGCGCCAGCACGGGACUCCAGCCAGAGUCAAAUGGAAAAGCGCAUGGUCGCACAACUACUAGUCUGUAUGGAUCAGGUCACAAAGGACCCAUUGAAGCCUGUCAUUGUCAUGGCAGCUACAAAUCGACCAGAAAGUCUCGAUCCGGCAUUACGGCGCGGAGGACGAUUCGGUAGUGAGAUUAACAUCGGUGUGCCGAACGAGCGAGUGCGAAUGAAAAUCCUUGAGCGACAAACCCAGAAGCUACCUCUUUCUGGCGACAUUGACUUUCUACAACUUGCCAAACUAACCGCGGGUUUCGUCGGAGCCGAUCUCCACGACCUCGUCGGUAAAGCAGGCACGCACUGCCUACGCCGGCAUCGCAAUGCUCUCCGACAACAAGCCGUAGACCUCAACAUCGACAUUGGAGACGUCACAGGAAUGGACCCCGCCGUGAUCUCCAUCAAACGCUACAUCGCCCGGACCAACAUCCACCAGCUUCCCAACACCCCCGGCCUCGAUAACCUCGGGGUAAGCAUGAACGAUUUCCUCUCCGUCCUACCCAAAAUCACGCCUUCCUCCAAACGCGAAGGGUUCGCCACCACGCCCAGCGUCUCCUGGCAAGACGUGGGCGCGCUCUCCAACGUCCGCAAAGUCCUCCGGGACUCCAUCGUGCUCCCGAUCCAAGAACCCGAGACCUUCCUCGCCCUGGGGGUCGACACCUCCAGCGGCGUGCUCCUCUGGGGCCCGCCGGGCUGCGGCAAGACGCUGAUCGCGCAGGCCGCGGCCGCGGAGAGCAAGGCGAAUUUCAUCUCGAUCAAGGGCCCCGAGCUGCUCAACAAAUUCGUCGGCGAAAGCGAAGCCGCGGUCCGCAAGGUCUUCCAGCGCGCCCGGAGUAGUCUGCCCUGUGUGAUUUUCAUCGACGAGCUCGACGCGCUGGUGCCGAAACGCGACGGGUCGAACUCCGAGGCGAGUGCGCGGAUCGUGAAUACGUUUUUGACUGAGCUCGACGGGAUCGGGUCGCGGGAGGGGAUUUACGUGGUCGGCGCGACGAAUCGUCUCGAUGCCGUGGACGACGCGAUGUUGAGGCCGGGGAGGCUCGGGCAGCAUCUCUUCGUGGGCUUGCCUGGGCCAGAGGAGCGGGUGGAUAUCUUCCGGGCGAUUGCGAGGAAUAAACCGGUUGAGAUCUCGGUGGCGGUGGAGGCGCUUGUCAAGGGCAAGGGCUGUGAGGGGUAUAGCGGAGCGGAUUUGAGGGGUUUGUUGCAGGAGGGUGGAAGGCAUGCGAGGGAGGCCGGGAAGAAGGUUAUUGGGUUGGAGGAUUUGGAAUUCGCGAGCACGGUGGUGAAGUGUUCGGUGAGGGAUCCGGGCGCGUAUAGAGGGAUGAAGGAGCGUUCGAGGUGA